AUGAAGAAGAAGUCGUCAACAUCAUCUCAGGCACAAGAAGAAGACUCAUCAUCGCUAGCACUGGUUCAAGUUGAUCCCAAUGAGCCAAUCAACGCUCCCAUUGUCUCCUCCUACAACGACCGGAUUCGACCGCUCCUCGACGCAGUCGACAGGCUCAGAAACCUCAUGGUUAUGGACGAAGGAAUAGAGCUCCUCACCAUUGUUGUGGUGGGGGACCAGUCCUCAGGCAAGUCCAGCGUGCUCGAGUCUUUAGCAGGCAUAAGCCUCCCUCGAGGCCAAGGAAUAUGCACCAGGGUCCCUCUCAUUAUGAGGCUCCAACACCAUCCCAAUCCGGAGCCAAAGCUGUUGUUGGAGUUCAAUGGGAAAGUGGUCGAAACAGAUGAGAAUAACAUCUCUCAAGCCAUUAACACAGCCACCGAUGAGAUUGCAGGUAAUGGCAAAGGUAUCUCUAAUGCUCCCUUGACUUUGGUUGUGAAAAAGAAAGGUGUUCCUGAUUUAACCAUGGUUGAUCUUCCUGGCAUAACUAGAGUGCCUGUUCAUGGUCAGCCUGAGAAUAUUUAUGAUCAGAUUAGAGAUAUUAUCAUGGAGUAUAUACAGCCUGAAGCUAGUAUAAUACUCAAUGUGUUGUCUGCAACUGUUGAUUUCCCUACUUGUGAGUCUAUUCGGAUGUCUCAGAGUGUGGACAAGACUGGGGAAAGGACUCUUGCUGUGGUUACUAAGGCUGAUAAGGCUCCCGAAGGGCUGCUUGAGAAGGUUACGGCAGAUGAUGUCAACAUUGGGCUUGGCUAUGUAUGCGUGAGGAACAGGAUAGGAGAUGAGUCUUAUGAGGAGGCGAGGAAAGAGGAAGCUAGGCUCUUUGCAGGGCAUCCUCUACUUUCGAAGAUCGAUAAAUCAAUUGUUGGCAUACCGGUUUUGGCUCAGAAAUUGGUUCAGAUUCAAGCUUCCAGCAUUGCCAGAAACUUGCCUGAGAUUGUUAAGAAGAUUAAUGAUAAGGUAAACUUUAAUCUGACUGAACUUAAUAAGUUGCCGAAGCAUAUGUCUUCUGUUGCUGAAGCAAUGACUGCUUUUAUGAGAAUCAUUGGAUUUGUGAAAGAGUCACUUCGGAAGAUUCUUCUUAGAGGUGAGUUUGAUGAGUAUCCGAACAACAAGAGAAUGCACUGUACUGCUAGACUGGUUGAGAUGUUAAACCAGUACAAUGAUGAGCUUCAUAAGUGUGCUGAGAGUGAUCACAUUAGAGAUUUUCUUAUGGAUGAGAUAAGGAACUUGGAGGAAGCUAAAGAGAUUUCAUUGCCGAAUUUCUUGCCUCGUGGUUCGUUUCUUACUAUUCUACAAGGUAAGGUGAAUGGAAUUUCUUGUAUUCCUAUUGGUUUUGUUGACAAGUUAUGGGACUAUGUAGGAGAAGUUUUGAAUACAGUUUUGAUGCAUCACGUUGAGGAUUACUACCAGCUUCAGCUGUCUGCUAGGCGGGCCGGCCAUAAUUUGAUUGCGAAAAUGAAGGAAAGGUCUUUGAAUUGGAUGAUGGAGGUGGUGGACAUGGAGAAACUAACUGACUAUACUUGUAAUCCUGAAUUUCUUUCAGAAUGGAACAAGCUUAUGGCACAGAAGGAUUCAUUCAUUCAUGGCAUCUUACAUGAUGAGAACAGGCCUUUUAAGGUGAAUUUAGAUGGUUUUGGUGAGAUUGAAGUGGAGCACCUAAGGAAAUAUCCACAUCUUCUUCAUCAAGCAUUUGAUUUGAAAAUGAGGAUGAUUGCUUAUUGGAAGAUUGUGCUGAUGAGGUUGGUGGAUUCAAUGGCUCUUCAUUUACAGCACACAGUUUUCAACCUUGUGAACAAAGAUUUGGAGAUGGAGAUUGUGACGGAGCUGAUGACUCCUCAUGGUGGCGGGAUUGAGAGGUUGAUGGAGGAAUCGCCUUCUGUUGCUACCAAGCGCUCAAAGCUUACUGGCAGCUUGAAGAAGCUGCAGGAAUGCAAGGGUGUGCUUGCUAAUAUCAUGGACAGUGUUGCUUAUGGAGAAUAA